GCAGAAAUUAUCACUCCGAAAAGGAAAAAAAAAAGAAGGAAGAAAGAAACCCACCAGUUCAUUCGUCCGUCCCAUCGAACCACAAACCCUAACCUCCGAAUCGCCGCCUACCGCCGGCGGAGCUCGAAUGAUGGCGAGGGGCCGCCGCGGCCCGGGCGGGCGCGGGAGGUUCACCGGCGGGCCUCGGGGCGAUGAGCGGCAGCCCCGUCACGGCGCGCGCGUAGAUGAGGACCCGUACACCCCGCCCCAGCGGCGGGCGUCGGGCUGGGGCGUGGCGCCUCCGUCGAGGCACCUUUGGGUGGGCGGCCUGGCUCCCGUCGUCUCGGCGUCCGACCUGUCGGAGCUGUUCCUCCGGUGCGGCGACGUCGAGGGCGUCGCCCGCGACCCCGGGCGGAGCUUCGCGUUCGUGAGCUUCAGGCGGGAAGGGGGCGCCGUGGCCGCGGUGCGGGAGCUGCAGGGUGCCCGCCUCGCCGGGGCGCCCGUUAGGAUCGAGUUUUCCAAGGGGCUUGCCACAGGGUUAAAAUCAGUCGAAAGCGAGCAUGUCCAUAAAAUAUGCAGGAACAGCGGAGAGAAGUUCAGUAUCUACUGGGCUAAUGGAGGAUCUCUCUACUGUUCCUCUGUGUAAAGUCCUAUCAAUGUAGAAUUUAUUUAGACAGAGCCAUUGCACACAGGUUUCACUUAAGAGAAAGAAUUCACACCCAGAGUGUCUUUGAAUUAGCAAACCUGUUUCAUGCAAAGGGCAAAAGAUGACAUCUCAAAUGAACAGAGUUGGGAUUAUUAUCAUGUGGCUUCCCUUGUCAUCCCACUUCUACUCAACAACACUGCAAAUUACCUGUUUUGAGAGUGGUGAAUAUCUGUCUCAUGUCAAUAGCUCAGCAAUAUGAUGAGGCAUAGAGUAAUGAACAGAGCUCGAAUCAACAGUUCAUAAAUGAUUAGAUGUGGUUCACCCUUAUUUUUCGAAGAUCCAAUGCACUGGAUACCUUAUUAUAAUAUGAGAUGCAGGGCAUCCUUAUUAUAGAAUCAGAUGCAAUGCAUCUUCGCUUAAAAAAAAAUCUUAUUUUCAUUUAAUGAUAACAUAUGCAGAUGCUUAAUAAAGUGCAUCUCCUGAUGCUGAACAAUCAGAGAAAACUGCAUGCACAUGAAAACUACCAGACGUUUUGACUCUCAUCAAAAGUGAGAAAAUAUGCGGUUGUAUAUGAAUUAUCACACAUCAGAGAGAGCUUGUUGCAAGUGCAAUGUGCCAAUAUCAUUGAUUGACAUGCUAAAUUUCCUGCUACUCAGUAUCCUCUCGUAACACUUGGUACUAUGAAGCACUGCAAAUGAACCGUGCCAGCCACAGAGGUACUGUACAGCAUGGAAGUAAGUUCCAUGGGGCUGAAAUCUUGUUAGCAGGAAAACAUUUCCUGUUUUUACCAGGUUAAAUAUGGAGCGAAUUUAAACUAUAUUGAUGUGACCUCCGCUACACAAUCCAUGCAGGCCUGGCUUAGCUAUCAGGCACACAUUAAAAACUGUUGCUUUAUAUGAACCUACUUCUUAUAACUUACAGCAUGACCAUAUGGUUGCUUUCUGUACAAAUGGGCAACUACCUGUAUGUUGAAUAGUAAUAUAAUGGUUUUAAAUAAUGUCCAAAAGGCUGAAGCAUCAUAUAUUCAUAUAAAAGGGUGUACCCAGUGCUGUAGGCUUCCCGCACUGCUUGGGGUCUGGAGAAGUUGUUUUAAGCACCAAACCUUUCCUGUGCAGAGGCUGGGGCUCGAACCCGGAACCUUCCGGUUACCUGGAAACUUCUUGUUUUAAGCAUCAUAUAUUCAUAUGUUAACAUUUAUUUUCUCUUUUUCCUAUAAAGCCUUAAAUGUAAUUUUUGACUUAUUUGCUACUGCUACUCAUACCAGCUCUCUCUCACACAUAAACAAGAAGUUGCCUUGGAUUACAUGUGUUCUAAAGUAUUGAAAAACAAUGGGGAACCGCAGAAAUCUCUUGAAUUCAGAGGAAAGAUGAUUGGCCUUAAGCAUCAUGUGUGAAAAUACGUUUACAUCUAGUAAUGGAUCCAGCUGUGUUCUACAAAUUAGCUGCAUAAGCAUAGAAUAGUUACCCGUCUGCCCCAUGGUUUCAUUGUAACUAGCUAGUAUGACUUAUUCUCAGUCAAUUUGGAAGUAUAAUUUCAAUAGUUGGGUGACCGGUUGAAGUAAAUGUACAAUGGUCUAUAUAAUAUUUUGAUUAAAAGAAAAUUACCAAAUCCAAAUGGUAGCCUGAUGCCGUGAUUGAUUGCUGAUGGACUGGUGUUGUGGUGUUGCUGAACUGUUUACUUGAUGACAUGGUAAGCCGGUCGGUAAAUUGAGCCUUCUGCAAAUUCAUGCAGGAAUACUUUAUAAAAAUACUCAAAUCCUGCUUAUUUGAUCCAUUUUAAUUCCUUCAUAGUAAUGGGGACAACUAAGGGACCCAAAAACACAACGAAGAAGUAAAAAAUAGGAUUAGCUAUAGUAGUUUAUCCUAAGCAGAGCAACUUUGCUAGAACUUACGAAUAGCCAAGAGUAGAUAUUGUAGGAAACAUGGAGUAAUGAAGCAUCUGAUCUUAUAGCCUUUCCUUUAGUAGUAUGUGCAGCACUUAUGAUACAUUGAUGGAAACUGUUAUGGCAGUUAGACAAUUCCCUAAGUUACUGAUAUGGUUGUAAGGCUACAUAUUGAAGGAAUCUUAAAAAGGGCAAAGAUAAUUGAUCCAUAAUAUUAGCCAAUCACAACUUAUAGAUUUUUUACACCCUAGUUCGAGUCUUCCUAUAUCAAGAAAAUUAAGUAAAAUCAGGUGGAAAAUCGAUACCUUUAACUGGUUGCCAGGGCCUUCAUCCAUACAACAUCACUGUGUACCUUUCUUUCUUUUAAACAACUCAUUAUUUUACCUGACAAAUCCCCUGCUUAUCAGCAUCUAAAAUUAUAAAUGAUAUGACACCUUCCAGAAGUGCUGGUAUAUGCAGGCUUUAACUGUUUAUAACAAGAACUGAUACACAAGCAAGGCUUCCGUAAGGAUAGUUCUGAUUGUGGUACCCCAAAAUUUUUGACAGUGGCAAGCAAGGGCCUGCAAAUGGUUGGGCAUCAAGUAUUAAUGCAGAAAGUUGUUUGGCCUUUGGUUUCCAUCAUGGUGCACCGUGCACCUCUGUUCUCAAGGCGUCGCCUAGGCGUCCAUGCGCCGUCCACCGAUUUGCGCCUUGCUCGCCUAGGCGCCCGCCUUGCUCGCCUAGGCGUCCAGCUGCCCCACCUUGCUAGGCGUCCGCCUUACCGCCUUGAGAACAGAGUGGUGCACUUGCAAUAGGGUUCAUUCUUUUGCUUUGUACUUCUUUGGCAGGUUACAGAAUGCCCUGAAACUGUUUUUAUUAUUUCUCUCAGAUGGUUCACUGUUUUUUUUCAAUCAACCUAAGCAUUUAAAAUUUAUCUUGAAACUUGUGAGUUUGAAUCUAUAGUGUGUCAACAGUGACUUCUAUGACUGGAUCAUUUUGUAUUGAACCUUGACUUGUUUGCCUAUAUUAUCACAGAAGUCCUGCUAGCAGAGAACACAACCCUAUUGGUCCAAGAUGCAAGUUAUUCCUUUUGCUACUGUUUCCCCCUAAUACAAGAUAAUUACAUGGUUUAGUUCAGAAUACAUGUGACGUUAUUGGGUUGGAGCCUUGUUCCUCAUCACAUUUUUAUAGGCUAGCAGCCUGAGGAAUUUUUGUUCUCUGGGUGAACAUCAUUUUCUAGCAGUACUAUGGAGCUAAGAAUUACCUUUGUAGCUAAUGGAGUUGUCUUCUAAAAGUCAUUUGCUACUUUUACCAUGUAUCUCAGGAUCUUUUAUCUUGCUUUUAUACUGUUGCGCACAUCAAGUUGUACCAGGUUACCUGAAGUAUUUGAAUUUACAGGAUAAGGCUUCAGGUAGCUCAGUGGAUGGCAGAUAUACACAGUAUGUUGAUGAGCGAUAUUGUAUUGAACGUGGAAGAAAACGGCAACCAAGUCCUGAAAACACAAUUGAUAAAUCUAAAAGAAAUAGGUCUUCAGAACCUAGUGAGGUGUUAUGGAUAGGUUUUCCUCCUGGAUUAAAGGCAGAUGAGGCACUUCUGUGGGAAGCCUUUUCACCUUUUGGGGAGGUUGUCAGGGUAACAACAUUCCCAGGUCGUACAUACGCAUUUGUUCAGUACACUAGUAUUGCAGCAGCCUGCAGAGCAAAAGAAGCACUUCAGGGAAGGCUUUUCAAUAAUCCUCGAGUAAGCAUAUGCUUUUCACGAAAUGAAGGUGCUGCACCAGAAGAUGGGAAACGAUCAUUUGUUGCUCCAUAUUCCCCCCAACCUACUGCGCGGCCUGUCUUCAGAGACCAAGACUUUGAAGCCUUUCCUAGAGCUAGGCCUUUUGAUAGCCCUCCGAGAGAUCUACGCAUGUCAUCAUCACAUUUUGUCUCAAACAGGUUAUCAAGAGAUUCAGAUGAUGUGGGAUUCCGCAGGGAUAAUUAUUUUCAACAAGAAACUGGAGUAGAGCUUGGCCAUGUUUCUAAUAUCAAGCCUUUUAGGAUACGGGAGCUCGGUCCAGAAAGAAGGAUGCAUGAGGAAUUGUAUGAGCCCCAUAGCAGAAGCCCUACUGCUAGGAGUGAUGCGCCAUGGCACAACAUUCCUUCUGAGAGACAUCGGAAACCCUUACCGUUGGAAGAUUCUUGGGACGUUGAAGACAAUUCAUACCUUAUUUCAAAAAAUCUGAGGGGUGCUGAAGUGCAUGAUACUGAACUUCCUGAAUAUCCUUUCUCUGAAUUUGGUCAAGGAAAAGUUUGCCCUGACUACCCAAGGAGGCCCCAUUAUCAUCUGCCAGAAGAUGAUUUACACUCUAAAACCUAUCCAUUAACUUCUAUGCAUAGUAGACAUCACAUUGAUCCCUUAAAAAAUCUAACUCCACUUGUAGAUAAACAUGAACCAUGGCAUCCUCAAGAGAGUUUUGCUAGGCAUUUAGGAAAAAUGGAUAGGUUGACUCCUGAAUAUCAUGAACCUGCUCUUAAGGACGAAUGGAAAUGGAAUGGUACAUUAGCAAAGGGAGGCACACCAAUCUGCCGAGCUCGAUGCUUCCCUGUUGGGAAGGUCCUUGACUUCAUGCUGCCUGAGUUUCUGGAUUGCACUGCUAGGACAAGUCUUGAUAUGCUUUCUAGGCACUACUAUCAAGCUGCUGGCAGCUGGGUGGUAUUUUUUGUUCCAGAAAAUGAUGCAGACAUGGCAGCUUAUAAUGAUUUCAUGAGUUACCUUGGUGAUAAGCAGCGUGCAGCAGUUUGUAAGCUUGGAGAGAGGAGCACCUUGUUUCUUGUUCCACCUUCAGAUUUCUCUGAGCAAGUACUGAGAGUGCCUGGAAAAGUCAGCAUAUCUGGAGUCAUUCUGAAGUUUCAGCAGUCAAAUCCUGAUUAUAGCUCGCCAAAUCGCAGAUCGUUGGAGAGAAUUUACCCAACUUCUGCAAGUAAUCUGAACACGGAUGUAAGCAGUCACAACGAUCUGAAUGCACUGAGAAGACUAAAUGCACCAGAUAUCAGGACAUUCCCACAGGGUCCAGAUUAUGUCCGCUCAUCAGGUGGAAGCUAUACCCCAGCAACUGCAGAUAUUAUUUUGCCUUACAAGCCAGAGAGUGCUCCAUAUACUGUCCCCCAAUUACCACAUGAACAGCCACCAGCUGACCCCCGCAUGGGUAUAGCUCAAGACCAACAUCAGCAACUCCCAAACAUGUUGCCCUCAGGAUGGUCCAAAUCCAUUAACAUGAAUGAUCCAAAUCCAGGUUCUGGUAACUUCAGUUUUUUGGCCCAGAGUGUAAUCUCCCAUGCUCAAAAUAACAGGACACAAGAGCCAUACACAUUUGCUACUCAAGGAGUACCAAAAGGAGCAGCAUCAGGGUAUGCACCAGAUGCACCAGAUGAAGCAUCCAACAGCAUGUCCUGGCCUUCGAUGCAACCAAACUCACAGGUAACUAGACCUGAUCAACCUACUAUUCCAGUAUCACUGCCACCAGAUCAACUUGCGCAGCUGGCUGCCCUUCUUGCACAACAAAACCAACCUGGAAAUGCUGGUUUGCCUAUGGACAGCUCAAACAAUCAAUCUGGAUUCAUACAGAAUUCCAAUCCUCAUGGACAUGCUACAAUGAUGCCAGUCAACUCUGGCUCCAUCCCUAUCCAGAACUCUCUGCCAUCUGUUCCACCAUCUAUGCCACAGCUACCUGCUCAUGUGCCACCAAUACAAGGCUCACUACCUGCACAUCCAGCCAGUGUUCCUAUACUCUCUAACACCACUUUGUCUAUACCACCCAUGCAUGCUAUGGUGAACCUGGCUCAUUCUUCGAUGCCAAUGAGACCCUUCGUUCCUCCACUUCCUGAAGGUCCUCCACCCUUUCAGCAGAACACAUCCAGUGCUCCCACUGUACAACCUUUAGCUCCUGGUCAGCAGCCUAGCCAGCAACAGUCUACUCAAGAAGACGUUGAUGGAGAUCCUCAAAAGCGUCUUCAAGCAACAUUGCAGUUGGCAGCAACCCUGCUUAAGCAGAUUCAAAAUCAAUCAAACCCUGGUCCCCAGCAAUAGAUGCAAGGUUAUUUGUUAUGUGAACCUGGAAGGAAUCUUAUGGUGGCAAUCCUUUUUGUUCUAAGAAGCCUGAAACUGAUGAUGACAUGCUUUCCAGCAGUUCUAUACCAUCACCUCCUGUGGUGUCAGUGUGUAUAUCCUUGUAAGCUAUUAAGCAUUAGCUGUUAUCUGAACUGCUCCUUGCCUGAUACAAAUGGCCGAGACUAAUGUUAGGAUUUUGUUGUUUCAUUUCUUGGUCAUGUCUUUCUGUAGCAUAUACUGGUUUACAAGGCUCACUAAUUGGUGUUUUGGUUCAAGAGGUUGUGAUGGAAUGGCUUCCAUGAGUAACAUAGUAAUGCAGCUUCAUCGUAUUGAUUCCUGGUCC